CCAGUGAUCAUCAUGCCACUUUCAUACCCUAAUGCACUUUCUACGCUGGGAAAGCAGGAGUGAUCCCACAUGCACCUCCAAAUAUUUUUUUUCUUGUGAUUUUAAGGGAGAUUUUAUUUAGAGGCGGUGCUUGUUGGCUCCAGAGUAGCGUCGUAACGACACUUUUUUUCCCCAGUCCUUGUUAAAAGAGUUUGACCAGGGCCAGAGUUGGUGCUGGGGGGUCGCCUAUAGCUUAGUAAUUUCCUGGGGGGUAAUUGUCGCGUUUUUAAAAAAAAAAUCCCAGCAGAUUUUUCUAUUUUAUUUUUUAUUUUAUUUUUAUUUUUUAUUUUUCUACUUCUCUGAAUAUCGCCACUCUCACUCUUAAGAUCUGAUACCCUUCGAGAUUUUUCCUUUCAGAUCAUGAACAAACUAUAUGUUGGGAAUUUAAGUCCUUCGGUCACUGUCGAGGACUUGAAACAGCUCUUUGGGGAGAGGAAGCUGCCAGUGGCCGAUCAGGUCCUACUGAAAUCCGGCUAUGCUUUUGUGGACUUCCCCGAUCAGAACUCGGCCAUAAAGGCUAUAGAGACUCUUUCUGGUAAAGUUGAGUUACACGGAAAGGUGAUAGAGGUAGACUACUCUGUUCCCAAAAAACUAAGGAGUCGGAAGAUCCAGAUCCGGAACAUUCCGCCUCAUCUACAGUGGGAGGUUUUGGAUGGCCUUCUAGCUCAAUAUGGUACUGUAGAAAACGUGGAACAAGUGAACACUGACACAGAAACAGCAGUGGUGAAUGUUACAUACGCAACCAAGGAGGAAGCUAAAGUAGCCAUUGAGAAGUUGACAGGACAUCAGUUCGACGACUGCUCCUUUAACGUGUCAUAUAUUAUGGACAUGGAUGCUGCUCCGCCCGUCCAGACUCCCCGCACACGGCGCGGGGGCCGAUCGUCCCGGGACCAGGGUGCCUCUCAGCCCGGGCCCUCGGGAGGCUUGGGUGCUCCCCGCCCCAGACAACAAGAUUUCCCCCUGCGCAUGCUUGUGCCUACUCAGUUUGUGGGAGCUAUCAUUGGCAAAGAGGGUCUCACCAUCAAGAAUGUCACCAAACAGACACAGUCCAAGGUGGACAUUCAUCGGAAGGAAAAUGCAGGUGCAGCAGAAAAGCCCAUCACCAUCCACUCAACACCCGAGGGCUGCUCCUCCGCCUGUCGCAUGAUCCUGGACAUCAUGCAGAAGGAGGCCAACGAGACCAAGACGACGGAGGACAUCCCUCUGAAAAUCCUCGCCCACAACAGCCUGGUCGGUCGACUGAUUGGGAAGGAGGGCCGCAACCUGAAGAAAAUCGAAGAGGAGACAGGGACCAAGAUAACCAUCUCCUCGUUACAAGACUUAACCAUUUAUAACCCUGAGAGGACCAUCACGGUAAAGGGCAGCUUGGAGGCGUGUUGCAAAGCCGAGGUGGAGAUCAUGAAGAAACUGAGGGAAGCCUACGAGAAUGACAUUGCUGCUAUAAACCAACAGGCCAACCUGAUCCCAGGCUUGAACCUGAACGCUCUGGGCAUCUUCUCCUCUGGUCUGCCGGUGCUGCCCCCUGCUGCUGGACCACGUGGUGCAGUGCCCCCUGUGGCACCAGCAGGAUACAACCCAUUCUUAAGUCACUCUUCACAUCUCAGUGGCCUGUACGGGAUUCCUCCAGCAAGUGCCAUCCCCCACCAGCACUCACAACAGGCUCCAGAACAGGAGGUUGUCUACCUCUUUAUUCCAACUCAGGCAGUCGGGGCCCUGAUCGGAAAGAAGGGUCAGCACAUCAAACAACUUGCCCACUUCGCUGGAGCAUCCAUCAAGAUUGCCCCAGCUGAGAAUCCAGACGUUACUGAGAGGAUGGUUAUCAUUACUGGAACUCCAGAGGCUCAGUUUAAGGCCCAAGGUCGGAUAUUUGGGAAGCUGAAAGAGGAGAACUUCUUCUCAGCAAAGGAGGAGGUCAAACUGGAGACGCACAUCAAGGUUCCCUCAACUGCAGCUGGCAGGGUCAUCGGUAAAGGAGGAAAAACGGUAAACGAGCUACAAAACCUUACAAGUGCAGAGGUCAUCGUACCGCGGGACCAAACUCCAGAUGAGAAUGAUGAGGUCUUUGUGAAAAUCAGUGGGCAUUUUUUUGCCAGCCAGACUGCACAGAGGAAGAUCCGGGAGAUCAUACAGCAGGUCAAACAGCAGGAACAGAAACACCAGCAGGGCGCCGCUGUGUCACCGCACCACUCCAAGUGACCAGCGGGGCAUCUUCAGUGGGCGCCAGCCAAUGAAUGUAGCCCUCCCAAACGGACAGAGACCUACCCAGACAAAGGCCAAGGCCAAGGGGGACAUGCAGGGCAGACCAGCAGCACCGGGAUCAAAACCAAAGAACUUUACUAGGGGGGAAACGAGUGAGAGCCAAAGGCUGAGGGCAUUGUGUGCACUGCCAGCCCUGUGAGAGCAGAUAGAGUGGGAGAGACCGUACUGAUAUAAUACAAUUAAAAAAAAAAGACCAAAAAAAAUCUACAAGAAAGAUGGAAAUGGCAGAGAAUUGGGAACUGUUGUUUUCACAGUUUUUAAAAAAAAAAAAAAGUAAACAGGAAAUAGUAUGUCGCCCUGCAUAACGUUAUCUCUUUAGUUGGACUAACAUAGGCCUAACAAACAGAUAAAGCAAGUGUAUUAACACGAGCAUAUACAAGGCAAUGUGAUUGAUAUUUUUGGUUAGAACGAAAGCGAGUGACAAUGGACCUACUCUUACAAGAGUUUGAGAUAUUCAGAUUGCAAGAUUAAAUAUCCUUAGCAGUAUUAAUACAGAGUAGAAAAUUAUAUUGAUACACACCAGAGAGUAUGCACUGUUAUUUUUCUACCAAAAUGACAGUACGACUUGGUGUAGUUUUUAAUAUUUUGCUUGUUUCAGAGAUUGACUGGGCUGUGACAGCCACGCAAAGCGGUUUCCCUUGUUUGUUCACACUUAAGGCCACUGAAAUCAAAAAACAAAACCCCUGUAAGUUAAUAUGGUGAAUGGUUCUGAGUCUUUGUAACAAGCCUGUGUGUGUGCCAACACAAAAGAUAACGUCCCUUUGAAAUGUCUCUCACCAUUCAUAUCUGAUGCUACACUUAUUUCUUUUUCUUUCUUUCUUCUCUGCUAAUCUCUGCUUCACUUUCUCAUCACUUUCUCUCAUCUGGCAUUAUGGGUUUUUUUAAUAGGAUAAAAAUAUUUGUUGUCGAGAAACACUUUUUUUUCCGUAGCCUUUUGAUAACAUUGAACUGACUGCCACUUUCGCUCAAUAGAGGUUAAAUGCCACCGAGGGAUUUUUAUUUUUUAAACCAGUAAACUGGUAUCACUCUCCCAUGCUGUACAGUAGUAGACUAUAUCUAUAUUCAUGCUUGUUGUCCUGAUAUAUAAAAAAAAUCAAAAGGAUGUCUCUGAAGGCAUUCUCCUCGACGAUCAGAGCAAAAAUUGACGUCUUAAAAAAAAACAACGGUGCACCUUUGCUUGUUAACAGGCGACCAAUCGUUUUGAAUGUGCACUGCCUCACGCUUGGCCUUAUGAGGACGUCACAAGGGCCAGCACAAAAUGUGAGCCGAGGGCCCAGAGAGGGGACAGGGGGUCUGAGGGAGGGGAGGGUGGGAGGGGUGCAGACUUGUGGUGUGUGGAGUGGCAGUGAGGAAACGUUUUGGGGGUUACAGGGUGGGGGGUGGGGGGGAUUAUAGGGAGGCACUGUAUGACCUGUGGUACACACACAACCGCAAACGUGACCGCAGCCGCGUUUGGCUUUAACCCUCUCUUGUCAGGGAGCUUUCUAAAACGGCAUGACAGCUGUGAAUGUACAAUAUGCAGCCUUUUUAGAAAAUAUCACCCCUGCCGUGUCCAGCAGGCCAGGCCGGAGGCACAGACACACAGAUUGUCAUUCUCACUCGCGCUCUUUUCUUUUAACUUCACUGUUUGUUGUUUUAUUUUGGCGAGCUGCCCAUAACCCCCCCCCCCCCCCCGACUGCUCUGCUGUGAGCACACUGGACACGCACGCCCUGGUGUCCCUUUGUGCUUUACUUUGGAGACCAUGGAAGCUUGUUGCCUUAUUUUGUCACCUUUCAGACAUCACCCAUCAGCUUCAUCUUCCAGACGCAAGGUUAUUGCCAAUACGCACAGCUUCCUCCGCGUGUGUAUGUGUGUGUGCGUGUGCGCAUGUGUGUGUGUGUAUAUAUAUAAAAAGAGAGAGUAAUAUUUAUGAAUCUAUUUUUUUCCUAUUUUGUGAUGAGAGCUAUUGAUAAGAAACAAAAAGAAAAACAAAGUCCUUUUCUUUUUUUCCUCAGUGGGACACUGCCAUAUUAUUUUGAAGGGAAGUGUUUAUUUUCUUGAAAACUAGACUAUGAAUAAUAAUAUAAAUAAAACCUGAAAAAAUAGGAGAACAGUAAAGCGAACGACCGUGCUAACUUUGGUCAGGAUGUGAACAGUGCGCAUGUCAGUAUUGUGAUCUACCUCAGGCUUCAGGGUACCUCAGUCCAAUCUUUCAUUUCCCCUUUUUCCACAUUUUGUAUGCCUUGUUAACCUUGUUGAUCAUUUUGAGCGUUUUUAAUUUUUCUUUUUUAAUGAAAAACAAAAAAAAAGAUCAAGAGAAAAGAUCUACAGUAAUCUCUAAGCUUUUCAGGUCCAGCUGACUAGUGAAACUUUGUAAACCGUAGUCAACUCUGUUGGACUGUCUUUGCCUGGACGCCAAACAACCUCUUAAUGAUACACGUCAAAGGAUUUCCAAGUCGAUUUUCGCUAGAUAGGAAUGAAGAGCAGGAUCUAAGGGGUACAUACCUGCCCGAAGUGGUUCUGAAUGUGGAUGUUGUGUACUGAUUUCACCAUCAAUGAAAGGAAAAAAAACAAAAAACAAAAAGAACAUACAAAUCGGUUGAUAGAAACAGAAACUAACCAACUGUACCUCCUGUUUUUCCCAACUGUACCUCCAGGUUUUUUGAAACUUAAAAAAAAGAAAAUUAAAAAAAAAAAAAACAAUGAAGUUUAUUCACUUGUGAAAAAAAAAAGAAUUUUAUAAUAAUCCACCCCAAUCUUACCAGCUCUAUUUGAUAACAGCGUACUCUGGGGUUGAUUUGAAGAAAACACGAAACUGCAAAAAUACACUGACAGGACUCUUGAACGUGGUGUAAAACCCUAGUCUUCUGUGUAGAAUGUAGAACAACUCUAGUCGUUGAAAUGUCACUGUGUACGACAAGAUAACUGUAUAUCUGUAAACAUGUACAAUAGAGUCACACAUAAAUGCAUCGUUUUCUGUCUCUCUAUAACACUUACCAGUCUGCACCUGCAUUGUGAGAGAUGGUGGGAGAGGUUUAGAGUGUCACAGCUUCUCACAAACUGACCUCUAAAUGGUUUUCUCAUCAAUCUACCAAUAUUAUUUUAAUUUUUUUUUUUUUUUUUUUUUUUUUUGUGCUGUACAUUUCAGAAUUACCUCUCAGAAUCCAAGGCUGACUUUAGUUACUAAAACCGAUGUAGGGCAAAAGAAUUAAAUAAAUGGAUGAUAUAGUGAAAGUUA